UUUCAGUGACUAAAGAAAAAAUGAGCUUUUUCAACUCUCUUUCCGAAUACGUCACCAACAGCGUCGCGGGAUUAUCGCUGAGUCCCAAGAGAUUUUCACUGAGCAGAACAGAUACAUCCGAAAGCUCGGGAGUCUCUCCCACAUCCAGAUCAAACUCUGGAGACAGCAACACUCCCGGAUUUCCUAAAGUUCUACCAGCACCAGGUGCUACAGCUCUGGUGCAACGUCGACGCAGCACUCUUGAAGCCCUCGUGCCCACACCUCCGGUAAGAAGACCUGGAAGUUUCCGGGUCAGGUCUCCAAAGACUACUUCGGAGAGGGGUAGCAGUUUUUGUUGUAGAAGACAAAGUUGGCCUGAGAUUGAUCAUCAAAUACGUUCUGGAGUUCAAGACAUAGAUGGCUCCUACUUCGAAUCAUUCACGGCUCUGGCCUGGAAACAAGAAAAUCAACGACAGGCAGUACUCAGAAAUGCUGAGACUAUUGCCUCAGAGGCUCCACCUCCUGAGCAAGAUCUUGGUAUUAAUCCCAUAGACUAUUCUAGUUCUCAGAACGAAAAAGACAAGCUUUAUGUCGAGAUGCUUUACACCAUUGCUAAUACGGUGGGAGCCCCAGCCCCCGGAGGGCAAUUUGCACACUAUAAGGAGGAUCUUUACUUGUAUGGUCAGAGAGCUUUCGCUAUGCCUCCAGAGAGACAUUAUAGGAUGCUUCAUGUAGCAGGAGAGGAGCAACCUCCUAUUGUGGUGCUCAGUGUAAUUGUUAUCGAGGCUGAAGGGCUGGAGGCUAAAGAUGCUAAUGGUUUUAGUGACCCGUAUUGUAUGUUGGGCAUUAAGCCAAUGGCUGCUCCCAGCUCUCCUCAACCUCUGACUCCUAAUCGUACCCUAUCAGAUGCCUGUUCACCCAGCUUAGGAAGUGUCAUGGGUGAACUAAAUCAUAGUGGGGUAGGAGAAAAAUUACGAAAACAUCACAGCUUCAAAUUAAGUUUUAAAAGAAAAGAAGGAAGAGUAAGGGAACACCGGGAUAGCUUGGGCGGAGCCCUUCCUGCAAAGUUUAUAAGGGCCACUUCCGUGAAACCUCAUACCCUAAAUCCAAAAUGGAAUGAGAAGUUUCGAUUCGAUAUAGAUGACAUAAAUGGUGACUCACUUCACUUAGACAUUUGGGACCAUGAUGACGAAAGCUCAGUUCUAGAAGCAGUUAGCAAACUUAAUGAAGUUAGAGGAGUAAGAGGAUUGGGUCGAUUCUUUAAGCAAGUAUGCCAGUCAGCCCGUCAGAGCUCUCAAGAUGAUUUUUUGGGAUGUGUGACGAUACCUUUACAAGAUAUUCCUUCAACAGGAUUGGAAGGUUGGUUUAAACUGGAUGCAAGAUCACAAAGAAGUUCCGUACAAGGACGAAUCAGAUUAAAAAUGUGGCUUUCUACCAGAGAAAACCGCGGGGUAGCAGAUGAUGAUAAUUGGACAGAGCUUACCCAACACGAGAGCCUUUUUGCAACCUUCGUGGAUUACGAAUUGAGAAACUGGAGCAGGGAAACUUGGACUUGGCCUGGAGACUUACCAGGUCCGGCUCUUACCAUUCUUCAUCAACAUGCUGUACAAGGCGAUUUGACCGAACUUCAGACUGCGUUAGCUAGAUUUGUUGCCGCAUCUAGAAUUUAUUUAAAAACCCCACUGGAUCCGCGAUGGAUGUUGCAGCUCUUGACCGAUGUUGAAAACUCUUGGAAUAACUUCACGCUUACUAGGGAGGAAGAAAUGUGGUUAGCCGAGAAGUUCAGCGCUAUGGAAGAUAGAUGGUUACACGAAUUACGUCACCACCGACAGUUAUUUCCAGUAUUACAUUCACCAUCGUUAGUAAGACUGGAAUACCUACUCAGAUGCUUGGCCUAUUUAUCAAAUAUGAAAUCUUUCUGGAAGUGCUGCCCAUUUAACAAAGAGAUACGUGGUGAAAUAGUGGCGACCCUAAGAAAGGGAACUCCCGAAUGGUUUAAAGGACUUAAGCAUGUAAUUAUGAAUCCUGACGAGUACGAUGCCUCAUUCGUCGACUUUUGUGCAGAGGUUUAUGUCCAGUUGAAACAUGGACUCAAUCAUUAUCAUCCUUUAUUUGAAGGGACAAAUGGAAUCCCAUAUUUCAGCGUGGUAUUCAAACAAAUCGACAAAUUGCUAGCAGACGAAGUAAUCAAUUUCCUAAAUCAAAAUGAGCACCCGGAUGCGGCCUACAGUCGCCUGAUUUUCUCAAUUUACAUGGAAGUAAAGGACUUGGCGACGUUUCAGCAAAACUUACCAUCGGGGGGAGACCAUAAGCUUUUGUUAGUCCGUUGCCAUGAGUGGUUCGAACCUCCUGUCAGUCAUUGGCUGAGCGUUUGUAAGGGAAAGGCAUUACAAAGGGUUCGUACUGGAGUAGAGCUUCAAAAACCAUGCGAAGGCGAUAAAUUAGUAAAACACAGUUCAUCAGCGGUAGACGUCGUUGCAAUGUUUUGUCAACUUCGUGAUUUUUGGAGAUUACUUCAAUGGCCUAAAGUAAACAGCGUAUGUUUGCUAAGUCAGCUAUUGGACUGUAUAUGUUCGGCGGCUCUACUAUAUGCAGACAUGACAUACCAGAACCUAAUGGAGACCGGUUAUUUCGAUAAACUGGGUCCUUUUCGACUCUCUGACGAGAUGUGCAUUGCGGUGAAUAAUUUAGAGUAUGUUUAUAAGUUCGUGUCACUUCUAGAAAACUACUUUGACUUUGUUACCUUAGAGUCUAUAGCGCCAGAACUACAUUUCGCAACAUUGACCAAUCAACUAGAUAGCACUUUAAGCCAAUUUCAGGUUAGAAUAGCAGACAUCUUAAAACGUGUAGGUCCUCAAAUGCAGGAAGCCCUGAGAAAAGCGAUGUUUCAUGUAGCUUGGUCUCCUGAUACGUUACCGACACAACAAGCUGUUGAUCCCUUAUUUGACUAUUUAUACACACACCUAAAGGGGUUAAAUGUAGCAUUGUUACCUCAAAAUUUUCAGAAAGUGCUUUGUGAGGUAUGGGAAUACACGUUAAACGAAUUAAAUCACCAAAUGGACGGAGGUGCAACCAACGAGGAUCUUCCAGCAAUGUUUCACGAACGGCUUCACUCCGCCCUGGAACUCAUGGUAGAUUUCUUCCAUGCUGAAGGCCAAGGUCUUUGUACCGAGCUUUUGCAUUCUCCAACAUUUUGUCAGAUCGAGCAAAGAUUGCAGUACCAUAGAACAGAUACCGAAAAGCUGAUAGAGAUAUUUUACGGUCAGAGGUUACAGGAUCAGUAUGCCACAACUGCUAGUCCGUAUGGGACUUUAGCCGUAAGGGCUUAUUUUAAUCAUGAUUCUUUAUGUGUGGAGGUGCUACAUGCUAGAGACAUAAUUCCGUUAGAUCCUAAUGGGUUUAGCGAUCCGUUUGUUAUAAUAGAACUUUUGCCAAAGAGAAUAUUUCCGCAUUGCAACGAGCAACAGACAAACGUUCAUAAGAAGACUUUACAUCCGAUAUUUGAUGAAUGUUUUGAAUUUAGUGUUACCUUAGAGCAAUGCAGAGCACCUGGAGCGAUGGUAGCCUUCACUGCAAUGGACCACGACGUCUUAACAGCAAACGAUUUUGCAGGAGAAGCUUUCCUAGCGCUAGGAACAAUAUCAGGAGUAGCAGAAAACUCUUCUGCAGAUAAUUUCCACGGCUUGAAACCGGUUGAUUUAGUCCUAAUGCAGCAACACAAUAAAAACCACCCAAUACUGCAAAUUCUAGAAUCAAGAAACAAUGACCGGAUGGCGGUGGAAUUUGUCCGGAAGCAGAAACUUAGGAUGGCCAUCAAGUAGAUUCGUACUUAUAUAAUUGACAUCAUAUGUAUGCUAAAUUUAGUUUUUGUAUAUCCCUUCUAGUAAAAGAAUGUAUCCUUCUAUUUUUUCUACGUAAAGAGUAUGUUACAAUUAACAGACACAUCUAUAAAACCUAAUGACAAACAUUGACUUUAAAGGCAAACAUAUUUAGCUUGAGUUGUUUGUCUUUAGGCCGCUAUGGUAUCGAUAUUUUGUAUCGAUAUUAUAUAUAUCGACUUCUCUAUCAACGCACUGACUGUGUAAAUAUUCGUCUUUUUAUAUGACCAUUAGAUUUAAGUUGAUUCCAUUAUAGGGCUAAACUAUCAUAUUGAGUUCUUAUCAAAAUAUCAUGGUAAGAAUCGAAAUUAUUGGUGAAGUAGCUUAUUUAGUGCUGGAAAUAUAGUAGCUUAUCUGUUUAGAUUUAAUCUCUUACCUGUCUUAUUAUCCUAUUAUUUUAUUAAAAAUUAUUUACCUUUAUAUCCCAGAAAUAUAUUUAUACCUAUUAUAGUAUACAUAUUUAUAGAAUUUUAUCUAUUUAUGAUUUUAAAAAGUAUACUGACAAUCUCCUGAUGAAUAAAAUAUAUUUUAUAUGUUGUGACAAAUUUUAAGCGAUAUAUUAAUUAUUAGGGACUUCACAGUAAAAACGCUAUUAAUUUACUGCAUUAUUGUCCAUAGCUUAAUAACAUAACGAAAUCUACUAACUCAACAAAAAUAGCUACAGUUUGCUAAAAAGAAAAUAUACAAUCAAAAAUAGAAUUAUUACAAAUCAAACUUUUACAUAUCUGAAAUGCGAAGCCGAUAAAAUACAGGGUGAAAAAUUAUUUUACAAUCAAAUCCUUAAUUUUAUAUAUACGAACGCAACAAAUAGCUUUUUUGAGUAAUAUACUAUAUAUAUAUAUCUACAGCUUACUGUAUUGGAAAUCUAUUAUAUAUCUACAGCUUCCUAUGCUUUUUAGAAUGUUAUUUUGAUCAGAGAAAAACCUGUGAUCGUGUUUUUUUUAAUAAAAUCUGUUGAAGUAUUAGAUAAAUCAGUGUCUAGAAAUAUGUGAUGUACAGGGUGUUACGAAAGUUCGAGCUAGUACUUCAAGGCCCCUAAGGAAGAGACUACCAUUCAGCCGUUGAAAGUGAUUUUUGGCUCAUAAUUCUUAAAUUAAUCAUCAUGAAAUCAUUUUCAUUUGCUACAUGUUUUUUUUUUGCUUUAAAAAUGGUAUUUCAUUGAUAAUACGUUUCCUCCUCAAUCAAUCUGACCAAUACUCGAAAAUUCGCAUAAAAUAAAGUAAUUAAAAUAUUUUUGUAAGGCAUGCAACAAAUUAACUAAUAUUUUAUCACAGAAAUAAUAGUUUUUUUAAUAUACUUAGCUUAAUAAUAAUUUUUUUUAUAGUUUACAAAUUAUUGAACAGAAACAGUUAGAGAGGAAUGGGUAAAUUAGGAUGUUCUUCACAAAAAAUGUAUCCACACAUUUAAGGUUAUCGAAAAACAUUAUAUAUAAUUUUCAUUUAAUUAUAUACUAUACAUAAUUACGUAAUUAUUAUUUAUUAUCACAGUUUUUAAAAUCAAAGAAAAACAAAGCCACUUACUUUUAAAUUAAAGAGUUUUACAAAUAGAAAUUACAAAUGAAAAUUAUUGAAAAAAAAAUCAAAUCUUUAUAAUUUUGGUAAUUUCUAAUUCAAUAGAUAACUCAUGGUUUAUCAAAUUUAAGGGCUUAUUGUCUCUUAUAAUAACUGGGAUAGUUAAGAUCGACACAUACACCUUGUAUAAUUAAAUAAUAAGUAGCAACCUUUUUUCUUUUUUGAUGAAAGAUUUUAAAGUUGGGAAUAUAUACAUACAAGAUAAAUCCAGAUUGAAUUUCUCUCUGCUUAUGGCCAUAAGACAAGUUAAAAUUGAGCACUCAGUAUAUUGUUACAUAUUUUGGUAAAAAAUGAAAUUCUGUAAUUAUAUCUUGUCACUUCUUAACACCAAUUCUUUUUUAAUCUGGAUUUAUCUGAUACACGUAUACCAAAUAUAUUUUUUAAAUCUACCAUAAAAAAUUAUCUGGUGUAAAUUAGAGGUAGAUUAAAGGAGAAUGUUCGGAUGUAAAGGAUGUAAAGGAGGAAAUCAUUAAAUACCCACAAAAAAGCUUAUAAACUAGAAACGACAUUAUGAUAAAAGGUUUAAUAAAGGCUUUUCAGUAAGUCAAUUUAAAAACGCACUAUCCUUGUUACUCGAAAACAGGUUUAUUUUCUCUGAUUAAACCGAGGUGCGUUUUACAUCUAAAAUUGUAGUUUAUUCCAAGUUCUAUUUUUCACUGUAAAAAAAAAAACUUGUUGUAAAAUUAAAAAGUGUUAAUCGUUGUGUUUAAGAGUUAAAUUAGUUUUGUAUGUUCUUUUUUAUUAAUGGGCGCACAUUAAAUAAAUUACUGCACAAAAAUAUAUUGUAACGUUUUACGUAAAUUAUUUGUUUUACACUUAUUUAUAACUGUUACGAGUUAUUGUGUUUCAUAUGAUAGUUUAUAUCUG